GUUCCUUUCUGCUACCUCUCUACAACUAUAUAUAUGUCCGGUAGAGAACGUUGCUUGGACAUCUGAGAUCAGAACAUUUUGAGGAUAAGAGCAAUGGCAGAAACUAAGGUUGUAGAGAAAGUAAGGAACAAGCAGGUGAAAGCCAAGGAUUACAUAACCGGUAAUCCUAAAGAAACAGACAUGUACAUGAGCAGUUCCACCAUCAGCCUGCAACUUCCUCCAGAGGCUUCCAAUGCGGUGCUUGUCAAGAAUCUCUACCUUUCUUGUGAUCCCUACAUGCGAGGCAAUAAGAAACCUCAAAAAGAUCGCCUCUUUGACACCUUCGUUCCUGAUUCUGUAAUAGUUGGCUAUGGAGUUUUCAAAGUAUUGGAAUCCAAACACCCUGACUACAAAACUGGUGACUUGCUCUGGGGAGUCACCAAAUGGGAAGAGUAUAGUAUCCUCACCAACACUCCAUCUUUCUUCAAAAUUGAGCACACAGAUGUCCCAUUAUCCUAUUACACAGGACUUCUAGGUAUGCCUGGAAUGAGUGCUUACGUGGGAUUUUAUGAAAUUGGUGCCCCAAAGAAAGGAGAAUAUGUGUUCAUAUCCUCAGCAUUUGGAGCAAUUGGUCAACUAGUCGGCCAAUUGGCAAAAUUGAUGGGCUGCUAUGUUGUUGGAAGUGCAGGAAGUAAAGAGAAGGUUGAAAUCUUAAAGAACAAGUUUGGAUUUGAUGGAGCUUUCAAUUACAAGGAAGAGCAUGACUUGGAUGAAGCUUUGAAAAGGUAUUUCCCUGAAGGGAUUGACAUAUACUUUGAGAAUGUUGGCGGUGAGAUGCUGGACGCGGCACUUGUGAACAUGAGAAGGAGAGGAAGAAUAGUAGUGGCAGGAAUGAUAUCCCAAUAUGAUCUUCCAGAGCCUCAACCCAUCAAGAAUUUGCUGUCUAUUGUAUACAAGCAAGUCCGAAUUGAAGCUUUCACAGUGUUUGAUUAUUAUCACUUGUAUCCCAAGUUCUUGGAGACGAUGUUGCCAUAUAUUAGAGAGGGCAAGGUGUCCUAUGUGGAGGCCUUUGCUGAAGGGCUUGAGAAUGGCCCUGCAGCUUUGGAAGCAAUUUUCACGGGCCGUAAUCCUGGCAAGCAAGUUGUUGCACUUGCUCAUGAAUGAUUUGAUUUAUUGUAAUCAUUUGAAUCUCUGGGUUGCCUUUUUCAGCUUGAAUAAAUGUCACUGCAUAUUUGAAAAA